AUGGGGCCCGGUUUCGACUGCCUCGGUAUGGCGCUGGACAUCUGGAACACCGUUGUCGUGGAAAUCGACGGCGUAGAGACCGCUGAUGCGCAGUCGGACGCUGACAUAGUUUCAGUCAGCGGCGAGGGCAUGGGCAGUCUUCCGACGGGCAGCGGUAACCUCGUGUACAAGAGCUUCAGGCGCGUGUUUGACGGUAUCGGCAAGCCUGUGCCGCCGGUGCGAAUCAGCUGCGAGAAUGAGAUUCCUCUUGGCCGCGGACUAGGCAGCAGCGCUGCAGCAGUAGCAGGUGGUCUGCUGGCUGGCAGCACUUUCAGCGGCGCGAAUCUGUCGCGCGAAAGGCUGCUGGAACUUGCGGCGGAGAUAGAGGGGCAUCCAGACAACGCAGCCGCAGUAGUUAUGGGCGGCUGCCGCAUCGUCGUGAGCGAUGGGGACAGGUUCCUUACGGACGCAGUGUCCAUUCCGAAUGAACUGAAGGCGGUGCUGUUCGUACCCGACGUCCCGAUGCCGACUAACGAGGCGAGGGGCAUACUUUCCCCAACUGUUGACAGGCAGGACGCCGUGUUUAAUAUAGGCAGGACGGCUCUGCUCGUGAAUGCCCUCUCAAGCGGCAACUUUGAGCAUCUUGGCAUUGCGACUGAGGAUAUGCUUCAUCAACCCGCACGCCAGAAGAUAUUCUUUCCGAUGAAGAACAUCUUCCGCGCGGCAAUGUCGGCAGGCGCUCUCGGCGUGUUCCUGUCAGGCGCGGGUUCAAGCGUGCUUGCGCUGGCGCGUGACCGCGAAUACACCAUCGGAUACGAGAUGGCGGACGCGGCAAUGAAAUCGGGUGUCGAAGGCGCAAUCAAGGUUACGCAGCCCACGGCUCUGGGGGCGCAUGUGGUUGGUCAGUAA